CGCAGGGCCGGCUCGCUGCUGCACGGCCCCCCGCGGGCGCCCGCCGCACGCCGGCGGGCCGGCGCAGCCACGCUGCCGGCCGCGGCGCCAACGCCAAUGCCGACGACGGCGCCCAUGGCCACCGCGCCGACGACGGCGAUCCCCCAACAGGCGGACCUGGCCGCGGUCUUCGAGAACCUGUACCAGGGCGGCGGGGUGCUGUCCAGAGCCUUGCUCAGCUUUCCGCUGCCCAUGGCCCUGCUGAGCGCCUACACGGCCGUGCCCCUCUUCUCCGCGGGCGCCUGGGCGCUCUGCCCCAGCCCCGGGCUCGCUGCCCGCGCCCUGGCGGCCGUGCUCGCCGGCCUGCUGGGCACGGCGACGGGCGCGUUCCUGAAGCGCACCAAGCAGGCGGCC